AAUCCAGGCGGGACAGCUCAAACCAGGGACUAUUACUCGGAUUCACGGCGAAGAAGAAGCUUCGAUCGAUCUAGUUCGAUCAAGAGACCGGGACUUCUCGAGAUCAAUGAAUUGAAAGCUAUUUCGAACGCCAAGGUAUCACCCGAAACUGUUGGAUUGUUUCAUGGCGCGAAGUUACUAGUUACAGAGAAGGAACUAAGAGAUUCAAACUGGUAUUCAAUCAAAAGCUACACACCUGAGACUGUCCAAUUCGACGUUAAAGGUGAGGUGAAGGAGGAUGGGUUUGAAUUAAAAAAGUCUAGAAGCAAAUGGGCUAAAGGUUGGAGCAUUUGGGGAUUGAUUCAGAGGAAAAACCAGAUGAAGAACGGAAUCAAAACAGGGAAAAGCUUGAAACUUGAAGGGAAUGGGGACGAGGGUUCAUUGGCUGAGUCUUUGUUAAAGCUUAGGAGAGUCGCCAAAGGAGAAAGCAAUGGCGAUGUGAGCCAGAAGCUCAUCAGGAGCUACAGUGUCAGCGCAAGAAAGUCCUGCGAUGGUGGUGGGUUUAACAUUCAUAAUGGUGGUUUUGAAGGUGGAAGAAGCUCGUGUGAUGGCUUGUUCCAUGGCUCCAUUAAUGGCGUCGAGGCUAAGCAGAGUCAUCUUCUACAGAUGAAGGGCACGUAUUCUCCCGACAACCUCGAAAAAGGUAUGUUCAGAUUCUAUUUGACGCCAUUGAGGAGCCAUAAGAUGAGCAAAUCUGGUAAAUGUAGACUGAUGAAUUAGUUGAUGUGAGUUUGUAGGGUUCAUGGUUGGUGAAUGAUAUGAAUACACU